UACAGUGUCAGAAUUUAUUUAAUAACAAUAAAUUCACAAGAUAUAGCAGUUUCAAUGAAAGCAACUGUGAACUAUUCCUGCUUUCCUUGGUAAUCUUGGCUGACAUGAAGGUUUUCUGUUUUGUUUUGUUUUGUUUUGUUUUGUUUUUUAAGAACUUAUUCUCAAAUCGCACAUUACAAGACAUUUUCCCAAUUGGGGUUCCUCUUCCCAGAUAACUAACUUGUGUAAAAUUAACCAAAAACAAACAAACAAACAAAAAACCGAACAAACAAACAGUAUUCACCCCACCCCAUCCCCUGCAGGUUAUCGAAUGACUGCAGAGGAUUAAAGAGGUAAGGCAUUUCAAAGAGGUGUGAAAAGCCAGAGCUGGGAAAUGUAAAGGAGUCUAUAGGAAUGAUAUAAAAGAACCAGCUGGAGAACUGUGUAGAGGAGCUGCUGGUAUUGUAGGUCAGAGUUGAUCUUUAGAGUUGAACCUAGCUCUAUAAGUGAAGUGGCAGAACUGGAACCAGAUGAAGAAAUUGCCAGAUGGAGGGAUAGCAAGUCCAGAUAGGUAGGUGAUCCGUAGUUAGGCAGACAGCAAUUGAGAGGUAGUAUCAACAUUGGAGACUGAACCAACCUAAAGUCCCUGGGUUGGUUAGUCUCUGCCUGUCAGUCCCGGCUCAGAAGAUUGCGGAGCAGCCGGUCCUACACCACUGUGACGAGACCCUCCUGGGACGUGUCCACGGCUCGGAGUGCGGUAAUAUCCUCUCAUCAUCCGGUACCUUCGUCCAACCCUCAGCCCCCGGUUACUUCCGGGCUGCCAGUUGCCAGCCUUAUCUAUCCUGUCAUCUUAGCCUGUGUUCCAGGCAGGGAGAUCCGUGCGCACGCGCAGGCACUAUACGGAAGGCUAGGCGUGCAGACAGCACGCUAUUGGCGGGAUGAGGAAGGCGUAUCUGCAUUGACCAAUGGCAUGUGCGAGGCUACCCACCGCAGUGCCUUCUGGGAACAUGCCAAUGACCGCUUCGAUUGGGCAUCUGCGGCCGCGGAAGCUCCAGACAGUAAGAACCUACAAGUUGAAGCUGGAGCAAUGCUGCUUUUCUGUCCGAGCUGUGGAAACGGACUGAUUGUGGAGGAGGGACAGCGUUGUCAUCGCUUCGCCUGCAACACUUGCCCCUACGUGCAUAAUAUCACACGCAAGGUAACAAACCGAAAGUAUCCAAAGCUGAAAGAAGUGGAUGAUGUGCUUGGUGGAGCAGCUGCCUGGGAGAAUGUGGACUCUACUGCAGAGCCAUGUCCAAAAUGUGAACAUCCCCGUGCCUACUUCAUGCAGCUUCAGACCCGUUCUGCAGAUGAGCCAAUGACUACCUUCUACAAGUGCUGCAAUGCUCAAUGUGGACAUCGCUGGAGAGACUAAGAGCAGGACUUGCCCAGCUUAAAAGCAUGGAUUUUGUGUGCUGAAGGUCUUUGCUGUAUGAUAGGAAGCUGACUCUUCUGUGGUGGAGGGCCAGUGUGAAACAGGCCAUCUGCAAGUCAGCAGAUAAAGUCCUUAAUGCACAAGGGCCUCAGAUCCUGUUCCUUCAUCCUUUGUAUGUAGUGGGUAGUUGAUAUUUCCUUACUACCAUUAGUAUUAGAAACUUAGUUUAUAACCAAGGAUAAUAUUGAACCUCCUAUUCUUGCUGCCUCUGUCUCAAAAGUGUUAGGAUGAUAGGCAUGUGAACCAUGUUCAUUUCAUGCAGUGCUGGGAAUUGAACUCUGAGCCUCAUGCAUGCUAGACAAGUACUCUGUCAACUGAGCUAUAACUCCAGCCAUUUAAUUUUUAAAAUAAUUUUUAUUUUUUCUCUCUAGAGUAAUUAUAAAAAUACCCAUAAAAUAACUGAAAAGCACUUUAAAAUUCAGGACUGACAUGAUACAUCUUUUAUGAUUAACAACUAAACGAACUGUUCUAUGAUUUGGAUUUUCUGGAUGAUGUUGAUGGGAAUUUAAAAGUAACCAAAAAUAUUUUCUAUUUCCAGCUAGGGAUAAAGGUCCACAACAGAGCCUGUGCCUAGCAAGUACAAAGGUCUGUGUUUGAACCCCAUUCAAAAACCUAUUAAAACCUCAAUACAUUUAGAAAAGUUACAUAUUUUUUGAAACCACUAGGGAGAUUACUCUGUAUAGUAGACAUAUUUUUCUAUGUUGGAAGCUCUGGUCCCUUCCAUGCAACUGGACAGUCAUGAUAAAGAUUAUAAAGAAUGCAGAUAGUAAGGAGAUCUAAAAUCACAGUAUCCUCCUAUGAACAUAGCAGAUCUAAUGUUUUCAAAGUCCUUAAAUAGUGGUAUGGAGCCGAGCGUUGGUGGCACACGCCUUUAAUCCCAGCACUCGGGAGGCAGAGUCAGGCGGAUAUCUGUGAGUUCAAGGCCAGCCUGGUCUCCAAAGCGAGUUCCAGGAAAGGCGCAAAGGUACACAGAGAAACCCUGUCUCGGGAAAAUAAAUAGUGGUAUGAAUGAGUAAUUUACAAACAAGAGCUGACUUUGAAACCUUUGAUCUGUGGUUGUUUUUAAGCCUUUGGGACUUUGUUGAUUAUCUCCUUUCACUAACUCUGUUACAGAGAAGAGCCACAUAGUCAUCUUUGAAUGAAGAUGAAUUUGAGUAUUAGAUCACUUGCCUAGCAUAUGACAAAUUCUGUGCUCAAUCUUGGUACUGGAUGACAGAGGUGUGGGAGAGAAUGAUGAUUUUUACUGUUGGUAAGGCUUAGGAAUUCUCACAUUGCUGGUGAGAAUAGAAGUCAGUACAAUAGUUUCUCAGGGCAGUAAGGUAAUGUGCAUUAGUAUUUCAAAAUGCUACCCAAGGGUGACACAAACGUGCAGUGUUACCACUUGAGAGGCAGAAGCGGGAGUAUCAGGAGGUCCAGGCUGUCAGUGGCAGCAGGAGUUGAAAGAGAAGAUACAGCUCCAAGCCGCCUGUCUCAGCCCCCGUUCUUUCUGUGAAUUUUUGUUAGUGAUGCUGCGAUUCUAGACUAUGCCACAGAAAAGAAUUUCAGGACAACUAGGUAUGAAGUAAUUCAAGUGUCUUAAUGAUGACCGUGUUUAUGAUUUUGGUGUUCAGUAAACCUCCACCCCCACCGCUCCUUUUUCCUAUUUGUUAAAUGAGAUCAUAGGAUAAUUCCAUAGGUAACAAAGGUUCAAGCAGUUCUUAAUAUACCAGGUUACAAGGGGUUAAGACAUGACUUUUGACUGUCAAUAAAGAAACCUUACUAUCUGUGAGUUUUAGGCUUACAAGUAGGAAAAGUCAAACUUAGGGUCAUCUUGUUAGUGUGGUUCGUCAAUGUUAACAUUCUCAAUUGAAAUCUCUGUAUAAAAUAACUAUUGACUGUGUAA